GUGUGUGAGUUCGUACGUGCUUAUGUGUGUGUGUGUUUGCGGGCGGCGGGCUACAACAAUAAAAAGCAAACGAAUCGGAAUUCUAUUUUCAUUGUUGUUUGUCAAAUCAAACAAAAUCUGUUCUUUAAUUAAAACUAAAGUAGCGACAGAUGCAGAUGAAUUAAAUGCAAUUAAUUGAUGUCCCUUGCUUAUUGGCCACAAGGCAAAAGAAGCUUUAGAUAAGUCAUCAUCAUCUUUAUCAUGAAUAAGGCUGGAAAGCAUAUACAAAGCGGAGUUACUGCUGCUGCUGGCAGCAGUUGCAAUUCAGCUUCACCCACGGCAGCUUUGCUUGGCUCACCACUAGCCGCGGCUGAUGCUACUCCGGGGACUGGAGGCAAUCUUGGAACCGGUACAAAUGUGUUCAAUUCAAUAAUGAGCUUCCUGCCCGAUAAUCGUCCUAUAACUUCGUUACAUAUUGUCGAAGAUUCUGAUCGCUGCCCCAAGAAUUUUAGUGCCAUAAGUCGUACCUAUGAUCAGGACGCGGAUGCGGAUCUAUGGCGUGAUUAUAAUAUACUAUUUGGACGACAAACUACACGUUACUUGUGCUUAUCCAAAUCGGAGGGUUUGCCGGAAUAUGUUGUCGAAACAUUAAAGGUCAUUGCGGAGAAGGUGCCACCGCCCAAGGAGUUCUCACUACUCUCUCGGACAGCCGAUAGUGAUCAGAAGGCCUGGCGUAAACGUCAGAUUGCCUACAAGCUGUCGAAACGUGGCUCAGUUACUCAAGCAGUGACCGAUAUAAUACUCUGUUCAAAAUUGAAAAUCGCGCCCGACGGCUUUAAGCUAGCCGGUGAUAUUAAUGGAAUACUUAUAUGCUAUAAGACUGGAGCCAUACCCAUGCGCUUGCCACCACCAGUGCCAGCAUCGGCCGCCUUGGCCAGUGGAACAAUAUGUGAGGCAGAGCAGGCCUUAAAUCGACUGAAUUUGCAGGGUCAACGCAACUCCAGAGGACCGUUGCCUCAGUUGCCAACGGAGAAUCAAGAUCAUGACUAUGAGGAAAUCCAGGCCCAUUAUCAAAUAAAUUCUCCACAGAGGCCAGCUCCGCCACGUCCGGCAACCAGUGUGGGGGCCGCUGGAAGAGCCGUAGGUAAUGGUUCCAUUGUCAUUUACAGCGGAACUCUGGGAACCUACACAGAACUAGAGGGUGUGCCAUUCGUCGUGGAUGUAAGACUGCAAUCGAGCAAUCAAUGGACAGCCGAUGAUUUACCUUCAUUUCCAGAUACUUCCAAAUUAUUGAAAUCUUUGGACUAUGACUUUCAAUUAGAGCGUCAAAUAUUAUGCACCAUGAAGUCUUCCGCCUCGAAAAAUCCAUUUUUUAAAUAGACAAGGUCAACAGCAGAAUCAUCCCACAAAAUGUAUUACUUAGUCGUAAGAAGGGUCCCCAGAUGAAAGUGGAUUAAGAGAGGGGAAUAUAGGACAUCGAUAAUCUGCUUGUGUUUUAUAUCGGUCAACCUGAAAUUAAAACCUUUAAAGCUCAUUCUUGAAUGCAUUUUGGGUAAACCUAUAUGAGAAACGAAAUUGUUUCCGGAUUUCUUGUAUAUUAUUAGAUACUGGAAAUGGAAAAGCAAAACAAAAAAAAACAAAUAAAACCAAUUCACCCAAUUCAAUUCCCGUCAAUACACUCCCCCCACCCAAGAAAAAUCUGUGUGUAAUAUUCCUGUGCCUUUCCCCAUUUACGUCAUGCAAUUCUAUUGUGGUUUAUUUUUCAGUUUUUCAUUUCUUAGUUUUUUUUUUUUUUUUUUUAAUUUAUAAAAACCGUUUUAACACUAUAAUAAUCUCUAUAUAUCUAUAUAAAUAUAUAUAAACAAAAUAUACAAUAUUGUGAUUGCCCGAUGGCAAGAGAGAAGAAA